AUGGCCGCCAGGUUCGCACAGAUCCCAGUCCUCCCACUCGACGAAGCAUUCGCCGUGACGGCCGAGUUCAAAGCAGACGCCUUUCCCCAGAAAGUCAGUCUCGGCGCGGGGGUCUACAGAGACGAGGGGGGGAAGCCUUGGGUUCUUCCGAGCGUGAAAAAGGCCAAGGAGAAACUCCAUCAAACACCCAAUCUGGACCACGAAUAUCUCCCGAUCCAAGGCUCAGAUCCAUUUCUCCAGCUGGCGAGAGAUCUUGUGUUUGGAGACUCAUCCCUCCCCAGUUCCAACUCCAGUUCCAACUCCAGUUCCAGUCCCAGCCCCGGCUCCGGCUCCGGCUCCAGGUCGAAAGACAACACCAAACCCCAAACAAAGAAUGUCAUCUCCUUUCAGACCAUUUCCGGCACAGGAGCCAACCAUCUCGGAGCACAGUUCCUCGCCCAGCACCUGCGGCCGAAACACGUCUUCAUCUCAGAUCCCACAUGGGCCAACCACCACCUAGUGUGGACGGUGGCGGCGCCCGACGUGGUCCAGAAGACAUAUCCGUACUACCACCCGGCCAGCCGGUCGCUGGACUUUGACGGCUGGCUGACCACGCUGGAGAACGAGGCGGUCGAGAACGACGUCGUGAUCCUGCACGCCUGUGCUCACAAUCCCACCGGCAUCGACCCGACCCGCGAGCAGUGGGAGGUGCUGGCCCAGCUGUUCAAACGGAAGAGGCUUUUCGCCUUCUUCGACUCGGCGUAUCAGGGCUUCGCUACCGGUGAUCUUGACAUGGAUGCUUGGGCAAUGAGGCAUUUCCAGACGGUACUGUUUGGUUCAGGACCGGAACCAAAAACGGAGACAAAAACGAAAACGGAAUCGGAAACGGAAUCCUCUGCCACUGCUGGUAAUGAUGAUGAGGUGGUGGUCAAUGUCCAGUCCAGCACUCAACACCAACAAGGCCACCCCGGACUCUGCAUUGCACAGUCCUUCGCCAAAAACUUCGGACUGUACGGCGAGCGCGUGGGCGCGUUCCACCUCAGCCUGCCACUCUCCGUGUCCCCGGCCGGCGCGUACAGCCAGCUCCUCCGCCUGACGCGAGCCGAGAUUUCAAACCCGCCUCUGUUCGGCGCCCGGAUCGUGCAGACAGUCCUGUCCGAUGUCGACUUGAGGGCCCAGUGGCAGCAGGACCUGCAGACCAUGUCUUUGCGCAUCAGAAGCGUCCGUGGACUUUUGCGCAAGGCCAUUGAGCAGCAACAGCAACAGCAACAACAGCACCAACAACAGCAACAGUCCUCCAGCGGAAGCGUUGCCACCGCCAUCACCGACUGGAGUCAUCUGGAAUCCCAGAUCGGCAUGUUCAGCUACACGGGACUGACGGUCCCCCAGGUCCAGCGGCUCAAGGAAGUCCACCACGUCUACCUGAUGCGCAAUGGCCGCGCCAGUCUCAGCGGCGUCAAUGAGCAUAAUGUCCAUUAUGUGGCUGCCGCUAUUGCCGAAGUUGUGGCCCAGCCGAUCGAUGCGAAUGAAUAG